AUGAGUGCAAGUUUUUUCAAGGAUAUCAGAGGUGCUAAAGAUAGCAAUUUCUUUGAGAAAAAAAGCAUUAACAAUGUGUCUGAAAUCAAGCCUGCUGCUAAAUCAUACACAAGUACAGAGGGAAAGGAAGGCGAAACCAAUUGUGCAAUUGAUUCCGAAGAAUCGGAUAUCGAGUUGGAUAAUGGAGGUGAUGUUGCUAUAAUUACAAAGAAAAAGGAGUCCUUAAAAGAAGAAACACCUCCUCCCGUACAGACAAGGUACUCACCCGAGGCUGAUAAUCCAUCUCCAAAAAAGUCCGAUAAACAUAAUCUAUUUGCUCCUAGAUUGUUUGCAACCAAGGAAUAUCAUUCUGAAACUAGGACGAACACAAGCAAGAAUACAAAAAGACGACAUGAGAGAGUUCAGACUUAUUCACCUGCAAACACGUUUGAAAACACAUCAGGAGUAUCAUUCUCUGAAUUAAUCGGUCAGUUGGAGGCAGCAAGCCAUAGCUCAGAGAAGGAAUUGGAAGUAAUGAAAAGAAAAAUGAAGGGAUAUGAGAAGAUUAUAAUGCAAAAAGAUUCGGAGAUUAAAAACUUGUACAACAGGAACAAGGAAUUAAAUUUAAAAACCGUGGGAUUAUCCGAGUCUCUCACGUCCAUUAACAGAGAGUUAACCUCUUUAAAAGAAGAAAAGGAUAGGAUCCAAACUAUUUUUAACGAGAAUGAAAAGGAGCUAUCUUGUUAUAAGAUAAAAUUUACAGAUCUUACGAGUGCUGCUGAAGUUCUUAAGCAGAAUUUGAAAGCUAUCAAAUCACAAAUUCAAACACAGUCGAAAGUGCAAGAGACAGAACUUUUGCAAAAAGCAUCUCAGAUUGAUCAGCUUUCGGGUAUGUUAUCUGAAGAAAAAUUGAAGAUGAGUGAUCUACUUAAAAGGUUAACGAAUAAAUCAGAAUGGGAGGAAAACUUGACUUCCACACAAACUACAUUGAUUUCAUCAACGGAGACAAUAAUAAAUCAGCUAGAUUCUGCAGCUAAGGCUAGUGCUAAUGAGUAUAGCGAGUUAUAUGGUAAAAUGGAGAAUUUGGUUUGCAACAAAAACCAACAUACGAUUGAGAACUUAAAGAGUAACUUUGCUGACAUGUUACAUUCAGAGAUAUCUUCAUUCAGGUCAUUGUUGGAGAAUGAAAACCACAGAGGAAGUUUAAUGUUGAUGUCAGAGAUCCAAGAGGUUUCUGGUUCUAUGAAACGUGAAAUGGAGAAUCAGGCGAAAAGUAUUGAAUUGCAAAUUUCGACGCUAAACCAGGAAUCAUUAUCUGCAGUGAUGAAUGGUUUGACAGAGUUAAGAGCAAGCUAUAAUUUAGAAAUAGAUCAAGUCCGUUUAAGAAGCAAAGAAUUGGAAGAGUUGCUAAAGGAUAAAGCGACGGAAAUUACUAGAAUACAAGAGAGUCACAAGAAAGAAUCACUUCAACACUUGGAAGAAAUAUCCCAGUUGAAGUUGACAUUGCAAAAGAAUGCGAUUGUAAUUGAAAAGUUGGAAGAGGAGUUGAAAGUAAAAUCAAAGUCAAUCGAGAUCCUGGCAGCUUCACUAGAAAGCAUGAAAGUAGUUUUAUCGGAAAAGGAGAAUAACCACAUAAUGAAUACUCGCAAGCUUCAAAGUUUAUUACAAGAAAAAGAGACUGAAUGUAUUAUUCUAAAAGAUAGGAUCAAAGUAUUAGAGGAUAGUGUUUCCGUGUUGAAGACAUCCUGUGAUGAAAUGAAGGAAUCCGUCAGUGCAAAAGAGAGAAAAAUCGACAAAUUGGAAUGUGAAAAACACAAAGAAUCAGAUAGAGUGAACGAAUUAGAAACUCAGAAAAUGAUAUUGUCAAACGAUCUAAAAGUCAAAGAUCAAGAGAUGCAGAUUAUACUGAAGAAGUUGAAGGAUUUAGAGAAAGAUCAUCAGAAGGCUAUGGAAAAAAUCGAACGUAGUUUACAAAUGGAAUACGACAAACUGAAACAACUAGAAGAAGAAAACACAGAGCUAAUAGUGAGCAUGAAAUUAAAACAAAAAGAGUAUGAAUGUGACAAAGAGGUUCUCGAAAGAUUAUAUAAUGAGAAAGUUUUGGCUUUACAAUCAAGUUUAACAUCAGAAACGGUGCCGUCCAUCAGUGCCAUUAACUCUUUAAUGAACAAAAUAGAGGAAUUCAAGACAGAGUUUGUCGAUAGAAUGUCAAAAAUUUCUGUCAUACAAAAUUCUGGAUCAAAAGAAAUGGGGAUGCCCAGUGAAAAUGCAAGUAUUAGAGAAACCCCUGAAAGUCAAAAGAUUGGUGGUGAGUCAUCGAAGCGGGUCAAUAAAACUACCAGGCACAGGAAUACAAAGAGAACUUCAAUAUUGACAAGACUAGGUCAAAAAGAAGAGGAUGUGUUUUCUUUGGAUAAAAUCACCAGUUCGCCACCAAAUAAGAAAGCUAGAAAAAAGUGA